CUCGCUUCUGAAUGUUUGGGACCAUAGACCAAAAACAAAUCAAAUAAGCAAGAUAGUUACAAAACGUUCGUAAGUGCAGUUUAGGGAACGCAGAUUGUGGUUAAUCUAUUUAGAGUUUUAACGUGGAGCAGCAUGUCCUCAACUGAAUUAGCAGCAUACAAAAGCUGUGAUGAUGUGAAUCCUUUCAAAAUUCCUGAGCUCGACAAUCUUUUCCAGGUGAGGAACAAAGAAAAGAAUCGAAGGAAGCUGCAGGAGCACCAAAAUAAGCUGGCUUUACCUGUCAAUGAGAAGAUGACAUUUGCAGGCAGAACAAGGGGAAGACAAACUAAACUGAAGAGUGAACUGAAAGAAGGGGAAAGUAAAAUGCCAGUCAUACACACUCACCAAAAGCUUCAGAUUACACCUGCAUGGAGGGCAUCUAUAAAAGACCCAAAUACUGAUAGAGGAAGUAUGCAUGAAUAUAUCGCUAAAAAACGUGAACUGUUCUUACUGGAGUACUCUCUGGAAGUAAAGAGGGGAGAGAUUCAACUACUAGAGCAAAUGGCUGCAGAAGAAGAGGAAAAAUUGUCAAGAGCCGAGAAGUUCUUGGAGGACGACACUAUCUUGUUUGAAGAAUUUCUGAAGGAAAAUGACAAGAAUUCAGUGGAUGCUAUCAAAGUUGCUGAACAGGAGACCAAAGUAAAGCUGGAGAAAGUAACUGAGAUCAAGAAAAUUACUUCCAAAAUGGUAGCAAUCAAGAGUGACAUCUCUAAAUAUGAGGACAUCCUGAAGGAGUAUAAAAAUUAUAAAGAGUUUCUGCUAAUGCUGUCACCCCAAGAUUGGCAGGAGGAACAGAGAUCCAAGAGCAAACACUCAACUCUCUCCACAAAUAAAGAGAGUGAUGGAAAACAGACAGAGAAAAUCAAGAAGAGCAGAGAGAAAAAGACGGCUCCUCCAGACAGCAAGCGUGGAGAAAGACAAGUAGCUCGUUGUUUUUCAUCCUCUCAGGAGGCCAGGACUUCAUCUAGACAAAGUGUGAAGUCCAGCCGUCAGAGCAACAAAAUAUUUGCACCUGGGACUGACAGCUCAGAUUGUGAGGAAGACCCACAGAUAUUUUUCAAAGACCCCCAAGAACUAUUAAACCUGAUGACUGAGCUGGAAGAGCAGAACCUUUCCCUCAUCCAGAACACCAGAGAGACAGAAGAGGCACUGGAGGAGUUCAGACAGAAUGCUGAAGUGAUUCACAAGAACAUGGAGUCUGAGUCAAAGCAGCUAAAAGCGCAGAUUGAUAUCAUGACUGAGACCAUUCAAAGAGAGAGGGAGAGAACAGCAGAGCUGGAACUGAAAGCCAAACACUUCAGCUUUGGACAAUGCAAACCUGAGGACCAGGACAAAACGUUUGACACACUGAGCCGCAAGGUGGAGGCAGUGUAUCGUUGCUGUGUUGGGGAGACGGAAGCAAACCUGAGCGCUCUACAGAUGCUGAUGGCCAUUGAAGAAAAAUUAGGAGAGCUUCUGGAAAAUGCUGAAAAGAUUCCAAAAGAUCAAAUGAGUACAGCUGAACGCGCCAAAGAGAAGGAAAGGAGAAUGAGACUGCGUGACGAGAAGGUAUAUUUGCAGAUGAAGCAGCAGGAGGAAAGACAGAAAAAAGCCUUGGAAAGAUCUCGACUUGAUGUCAAGAAACCAUCUGUCAAGAAGUUGAUGCCACGCUCUCAACCUCCUGUCCGCAAACGACACUCAAACAAAAACAAUGAAGCUACAGACCGGGAGAAUGAAGAGUUCCUAUAUUUCUUCAGUUAAAUUACGUUUUCAAGUAUGUUGAUACUCAAAUGACUAUCCUCAUUUCAUUUAUACCCAAGUGUAUAGUAGGAAACAUUAAGCAAAAAUGUUAUUCAUUGGAUUUGUUGUUUAAUUUUUUGAAACUUUGAUAAGAUUGUAAAAACCAUGAUCAUGCAAAUAAAGAAAAACGUGUGACAACAAUUAGAUUUUGAUUCAAAUGUAAAAUUUUUAUUAACGUGUUGAAGUAAACCAAACCUAAUAAAU